AUGCUGACAGGAACAUCACCAGACGACGAGCGCUUUCCCGAAUGGGCAUCUGAAGAAGCGCGCGCAGCCGCUUCUUCCCUCCUGCAUCGUUUUCCCGUCGAUUCUUCCGAGCCCGUUCUGAUCACUUCUCAGCGCAUACACUCUACGCCUCUGCUUCAGCUCAGGGUGCUGCUAGAAGAGAUGGUGCCUCUACCUCGCACAAGGGCUGAUCGCAAUCCCUUGGCGCUGAGUCUGGCAGAAUCCCUCAGCAACGGUUUUCCCUUGAUACCCAGCGAGCACUUGUCCCUCUUCACCCCCUUGGUACCUUCCAGCGCUCUCGGUCAAGAUGGCUCAGAUCAAACAUUCAACCCACCUGCUCCCUUUACACGUAGAAUGUGGGCCGGCGGAGAGAUGCACUUUUCCCACGGCAGACCGCUCACGGUGGAGCAAGUGGCAGAAGAGAGGACGUGGAUCGAAAGGGUGGACAUCAAGAGGACAAAGGCGGGAGAUGAGAUGCUGGUGGUUUGGGUGAGAAAGGAGAUUGGGGAUGGAGAAGGAGAGAGCAUCGUCGACUUGAGAUCGUGGGUGUUUCAAAGGACGCUUGAUCCAUCAGCCGGCAGUCGGAAGCUGUUGCCCGAACCAUCUCGAAUUCCAGCAGAGGAGGUGCAUCGUCCCUUGCACGUUGCUCAGCCUUCCACGCUCGGUCUGGCGCCGGGAGCAACGCCAGUGAUUCAAACGCCCGCCACACUCUUUCGCUAUUCCGCGUUGACGUACAAUGCGCACGCUAUCCACCUGGACGCUCAAUGGGCUCGAGAGAGGGAGGGACAUCCAACUACGGUUGUGCACGGGCCCAUGACACUGAGUCUGCUCUUGCGCAAAUGGCUGGCAAUCAACACCUCUGAUCCUUCGGUCAAGGGAUUAGCACAGGUACCUCAGCUCGGCAGCGUCAAUUAUCGAGCCAAAAGGCCUCUAUGGACCGGCGAGAGGUACUGGGUGGGUUGUCAAGAGGGCCAAGAAGACACGAUGCUAGCCGUUAAAGAUGAUGGCACCGUAGUGAUGGAGGCCAGCAUCUCCAGGCUGCAGGGCGACGCAACAUCUCACAAGGACGAGCACAUACGCGUCAAAAGGAAGGGCUCCAAAUGA